UCGCGUGCACCACGCCCCCGUUGUCAUGGAAACUUGAACGCAAACGAUCGUUGCUGAGAGGACAAUAAAGUCUUUUUGAGGUUAAUUUGCGAUAAAAUAAGAGAAUUUCACUGAAGAAAAAAAAGUUUGAAGAUGCAGAACAUUGACACAAACGAAAAUUACAGUCUUGAAAACCAGAUUCUCGCACUUAAAGAUAAAUUUAACACAGCCAAGUGCAGAGAUAAAAAAGGCAACAUCAGAAGGCCAAUGAAUGCCUACAUGGUUUGGGCGAGGAUACAGCGGCCCAUCUUCUCCAAGGCCAAACCAAAUACCAGCUCUGCAGAGAUCAGCAUGCAGCUUGGGAUCGAGUGGAACAAACUGAGCGAAGAACAGAAGAAACCCUACUACAAAGAAUCAUUGAGGCUUAAACAGGAACACGCACAGAUGUUUCCUGAUUGGGUUUAUAAACCAUAUCCAAAGAAAGGAAGGAGACGCAGCCAAAAAGUGGUACCUCAGGACAGCACUGGCAGUUUGCAGAGUAGCCCCUCACAUAGGAUAACUGAUCUAGAGCCAAACCUCCAUAUAGUCAUGGACAUGCCAGAAGAAGUACCAGUACAUGACCAGUCCAUGCCUGAAUUUAGUGAUCAGUUCCCUGGCCUUAGCCACCAAAUCUCACAAGAACUGCUGUCUCCUGAGGGCACCUACUUUGAUCCACCUCUUAACCCUUCUGUUCCACCAUUCUGCAUGCCUGAACUGACUUUCUGCCAAACUAACACCUGCCAUGUGUCUGACUGUACAAGCAGUGAAGCUCAACUUGUGGAUGAGGAUGAAAUCACUUUGCUAAACAAUGAAAUCUUUUCUAUUUUAAACGAGGAAUUUGGCUUUUUUAAACAGUUUGGAGCUCAGACUUACAGUGAAAACUCCCACAACAGCACAGAGAUCCUGGAUUCUGUAGCAGUGUUUGACAUAGACGGUCUCGAGGAUAUGUUGAACAAACUUGUUUAGAUGGACAGUGACAGUUUACAGUUAAAUUGUUCAGCAAAAAAAUAAAGAUUUUAAA